AUGUUGGAAUUGUGCGUCGGAAUUGUGAUUAUCCUACUGACUAUCUUCAUAUACUUUGCAUAUUUCUUCAAAUUCAAUUGGGUGAAAGACUUGAGAACUGAGAUUAAGACCCGUAGCUUUUACGCGAGUAACAAAAUUCGAAAAGUAGGUAAAGAAUUACCACCGGUCUAUCCAAACGGAUGGUUCGCUUUGCUUGAAAGUUCGCAGAUAAAAAAUGGUCGGGUGAAACACGUGUCUGCUCUCGGCGAAAAUUUUGCAGUGUUCAGAACCAAAAAAGGCGUUGUGAAUAUUUUAGACGCGUACUGUCCCCAUUUAGGGGCAAAUAUGGCCGAGGGUGGCCGUGUCAAAGGAAACUGCCUAGAAUGUCCCUUUCAUAACUGGACAUUUCGCGGAGAGGAUGGCUACUGCGAGAACAUACCUUAUACUGCAAAAG